UCACUUUGUCAUUUUCAAAUUUCCCGCCGGUUCCGUCCCCCCGUACGUUCUGACGCUCGCAGGGGACUGAACCCAGAAGACAGAUGCCGGCAUCGGCCGGAUUACAUUGCCGGGGACACUGCAGGAGGCACAUCGUGGGAGCGCAGGACAAGGUAAGUGAUCGAAGGAUCCCGGAGCAGCGCCGCAUGUGUAUUCCUGAGUGUAGUUUGGGGUCACCGCUUGUGGUGCUGAAACUUUACCCCAAACUACACUCGGGAAUACCACCAGGGGGGUUAAUCGCAUUAUCUCAGCAAAAUAAAGCAUGGAGACAU